AUGGACCUACACAGGCAGGCAAUUUCCACCAUCUCGCUUGGUUGGCACCCAUCACACACCCUCGAAUGGAAGAUUGCCGCCGCUCAGGCAGCAGGCUUCCAAGGCGUGGAGAUGUUCAUCACUGAUCUCGACAUAUAUGCAAGAUCACAUGGACAAUCUCGCAUUGACGCAGCUCGCGAAAUCCAGCAGCUAUGCGCAGAGCACAGCAUUGAAAUCCUGUGUCUUGCUUCAUUCGACAAUUUUGAGGGUCAAUCUACGCCACUCGCUGACAGACUUGUGACGGCGAAGGAGUGGUUGGCAUUGGCGAAAGCGCUAGGCACAGGUAUCAUCCAGAUUCCGAGCAACGAUAGUAAAGAUGCGAUCGGUGACGAAACCGUCAUCGUCGGCGAGCUACAAGCGAUCUCAGACCUAGGCUUACAGCAACAGCCCCCUGUAUCUUUCGCUUACGAGGCUCUCGGCUGGGGGACACAUGUAGCUGACUGGGAGGAGUCGCUACGGAUUGUGCAACUGGUUGAUCGGCCUAACUUUGGACUUUGUCUCGACACUUAUCACGUCCUAGCCCGUUUAUGGGCCGAUCCAAGAUGUGCGUCCGGCUUCAGGGCUGGCGGGAAUGCUGCUUUAAGGGAUUCGAUCCAACGAUUCCACGCCCAUUGUCCAAAGGAGAAGAUCAUCUACGUCCAACUCAGCGAUGCCGAGAAACUUUCACCACCUAUUCUCCCGGGCCAUCCUGCUUAUCACGACCAGAAAGAUGGGCCUCAUUUAUGGUGCAUGUAUGCAAGGCUGUUUCCCCUGGAGAGCGAAAAAGGGGCCUACCUGCCCAUUGAGGAAAUUGCACGUGCGUGGCUCAUUGACAGCAAAUGGACUGGAUGGGUCAGCAUGGAGGUUUUCCAUCGCGACAUGAAGGCGGAGAGUGCCGAUCCUGAGCAUUGGGCUGCCAGAGGCCGACAGUCCUGGGAGAAGCUGAAGAGCGUCCUUGGGAAGAAUUCAACCUAG